AUGCAAAACGGCACCCCCAACAGCCCAUCACCCCAAGAUGAAAGCGUGACGCCUGUGCCCGAUUAUACGCCGCUCAACGGGUCUGUAAUCGAAAAUCCAUCGGAUUCUGCCCCCCACGAAUCGAUUCCUUCUGAGCCGAAAGACGUCGAAGCUGUUCAUCAACCUCCAUCGAAGAAACGAAGACUCACAGAUUCAUCCUCGUCGCAACGUUCCACUCCCAGACCACCAUCGCCGCCUUGGAAGAAGGCUGGCUUUGAGGGACCCACAUCUUUCCUGUCUGAUGGCAAGCGUAGGUCUUCGCGAACAAACGCCGUGCCGAUCGAAUUUCAACCUGGGUCGGACAAGAGACACACGCGGGGGGCUCAGAACAGGAAUGUUGGCAAGUCAGCUCGAGAUGGAAGCAAGCCGGCUACAUCCUCGCCGCUAUCGGUGACGCAGUCACGCGCCGACGUCAGUGGGAAACUGGGUGGAAAGGCCACUGCCAAUGGAUCACCCAGAGCGCCGUCGCGCGCGGCAGCCAACAAGCCGCAGCGUAUCUCACAGACUCCAGCACCAAAACCAAGUCAUUCGCGCACAAAAUCCCGCAGCUCCGCUACCCUUCCUCGCCCGUCUGGUGCCAAUGGCACCAGUUCUCGCUCGCUUCGCGAUCGCCCAUCCCUUUCGAAUCUAUCACAUGAGGUCAAUGGAGCUUCAGAUGAUGCCAAUAUGGAUGACAGGGGACCCGUACAAGGAUCAUUGAAAAUUCCAAAAUUGCGCAUUAAAUUGAGCAAGCCUGUCCUUCCUAUUCGACACCCCGGCCAUAUACCGCAGAAGAAACACUCGUCUUUCAGAGACUGGGUCUAUCAAAACGAUAGCUCAAAUAUAUUGUCAGAGGAUGAGGCCGCGAUAGAGGCGCGCAAACGGCAUGAAGUGAUGGCUGCCGCUGAGCCCGGAGGACCGUUGAGUUCGCAAGUCUGCUCGGCAUAUAUCACAGAACAGCAAGAGGAACCUCCCCCACAGUACUCGCACCAGGAUCACUUGGUUGCCCACGCGCUCUAUUUCCAGAAGCUCCUCGACAAGGAACACAAACGCCACCGACAAACAGCCAAACUGUUUGCGCAAUGGUGUGCUGACGCUUAUCGAAAACGCCACAAGAACCCCGAAGAUAUUCUACGUGAGCAGCAGGAGGAGAUGCGUGGGAAACGCAAGCAGCUAGCAAAGGAUCUUCAGAAAAUGUUCGACCUGACCCGUGCCGAUAUUGAUCGGGUCCGCCUAGCACGUUGGGAAGAAGAGCGGAAAAUGGAAGACCAGCAGGCUCUCGAUCGCGCUAUUAAAAAGUCUACUAUGCUCUUCGAGAAGCGUCGAUCGGAGAUUUUGGGCGAAUCGCCUAGCGAUGUUCCGUUGACGAGUGACGAUGAGGGUGGCGUAUCAGGCUUCUCGUCUGGCCUAGGCGAAGAAGACGAGAGCAACAUGUCAGAUUCUGAAUCCGGAACCGAUGACGAGGCCAAUGUGGACGAUGAUGCCACAUUGACCGCAGAAGAGCUCCGGCUGAAGUACGCCAACUUACCGGCUGAGGACUACACCGACCGGAUGUCUAUAGCCUCAGGCAGCACGGCAAUGACUAACCCCAACGAAUCUUUGGAUCCUGAAGCUGCUUUAGAUGGCCUCGAUUCAGACGCCGCCCGCGAAGAUAAUCAGUUGGACGACGUCGAUUCAGUGCUGAUGGAUGAUAGUGAUGCCUCCACAGACAUGGACGAUGAUAUGGGUGAUAGUGACGAAGAGGAAGAAAACUUAAGUGAGGAGGAGUCGGACGAGGAUGAUGAGACGAGACCUGGCCUGCUGGGUUUCUUCUCAAAGAAUGAAACGCCUGUACCAAAAGAUGGCGACGAGGGCGAUAAAGCUUCAGCUGCGGACCACGAACACAUCGAUAUCAAGUCGGUAUCGGAGGGUGAAGAUGACAUUGAUUUCGAAGAUCAAGAUGAAGUAUCCCUAGUUCCAAUUGGACCAACGGCCAGCGACGGCACUUCAACAGAAGGCACGCCCUUACAUAUCGUCAAUGCUUCUGAAGCCUCUCCUGCUACUGGAGGAGAAACACCCGUCGUUGACACUGUGAUGGAAGAGGAGCUCGCCAAAGCCGAAGCCAAAGCUGAGGAUGCAGCUACUGCUGGUGUUGUACAUGACAUUGACCAAAUCCACGAGUUGGGGUCCGCCAAACCAGAGACCGAGGAGACAACUCCCGCGCACAUCACAGAUGAUAUUGAACACCCUCGACUUAUGGAAGUAGAUCAUGUUCAUGCCAGCCGACCAAGCGGGGAUCUAUCCAGCGAGCCGUCGCCGGGGACUUUUGCAAGCAAGCCAUCCGAGCCUGAUUCAGUCUCGUCGCUCGAGCCUUCGAUCGAAAAGGCAUUGCAAAUAAGUCACUCGCCUGCCCCAGGUCUACAGACACCCAUUCCACACAUCCUUCGUGGUACACUACGUGAAUAUCAACACUACGGGCUGGAUUGGCUUGCGGGUCUCUACAACAACCACAUCAAUGGUAUCCUGGCAGAUGAGAUGGGUCUGGGCAAAACGAUUCAAACCAUUGCUCUUCUUGCCCACCUUGCCGUGGACCAUGGUAUCUGGGGCCCGCACUUGGUAGUCGUUCCCACUAGUGUUAUGCUCAACUGGGAAAUGGAGUUCAAGAAAUGGUGCCCGGGAUGA